AUGGUGAAGCUUUUGAAGUCCGGCCGCGUGGUUGUUGUCCUCAACGGACGCUACGCAGGGAAGAAGGGUGUCGUCGUCAACACAUGGGAAGGCAGCAAAGAGCGUCAGUUCGCCUUCUGCCUCGUGGCAGGAAUUGAGAAGGCGCCUCUGAAGGUGCACAAGAAGAUGCCUGCGAAGAAGAUCGAGAAGCGCAUGCGCGUCAAGCCCUUCCUGAAGUACAUCAACGUAAACCACUUGAUGCCGACCAGAUACACGGUCAGCAGCGACAUGGACGUGAAGACCAUGGUGCCUGAGGACGCCAUGAGAACUGUGGACGACCGCAAGGCGGCGAAGAAGGGACUGAAGAAGAUCUUCUACGAGAAGUUCACCAACCCCGUCAACGACAAGGUCGGGAAGGUCAGCAAGGAUCUGCUUUUCCUGCGGAAGAAGCUCCGAUUCUAA